UCAACUGACGAAUCAGCGAAAACCCCUCACGGAGAAACCGGAAGCACAUGCUUAGCGCGCUGCUCACGAUGUUGUCAUCUGGGGCAUGUUGAUAGAAGAUCGGUGAUUUGUAUAUAUAUUCAUAUUUUUUGUAAGUGUAACUAUCGUGUUAAAAAAAAGAAGGAAAAUGGCCGCAAAAGUGGCUACACCCGUCACCCCCACGGAGCCCGACCCUGACCGGUGCGGGAGUGAGGAGGAGACCCGCGGGGCCGAGGCGCAGGAGGACAGCACCCGGCAGCAGGCAGGCCCCGCGGCCGCCGUGAGCCACAGCAGACCGUCCAAACUCCCGCUGUCCCGCAUCAAAGCGCUGAUGAAGACCGACCCAGACGUGUCACUGGCAAGCCAGGAGUCCGUGUUCAUCAUCGCCAAAGCCACGGAGUUGUUUGUUGAGAUGAUUGCCAGAGAUUCCCUGGUGUACGCCCAGCAAGGGAAGAGAAAAACGUUGCAAAGAAAGGACCUGGACAAUGCAAUUGAGGCCAUAGAUGAAUUUGCAUUUCUUGAAGGCACACUAGAUUAAAAGCGGCUCCCAACGAGAAGAACAUUUAAUAUCUGAAACCAUCCAAGAAACUUUCUGUUUCAGGAACACAUUUUUGUUUUGAAAACGUUUUCUGGUACUUUUUUAAGUCAGAGUCUCAAUGGAUAUUUAUAAAUGCUUUUCUACAAUGUUCCAUUUAAGAUUUUUCAUACUUUACUUUCAGUGGGAAUGUGUAAAUGUGUUUAUGUUUUUGUAAAUAUUUGUGAAAAACUACUGCACAAUGGAAUAAAUGUAAGUUUUAAACUCCAUGUCCGUCUGUAGUCAGUAUUAAAAUACUAUAUUCUA